AUGAUGGCCAGAAGUGGUAGCGCCGGACUUUGCUCAAUGAUGCAGCUGCUGCUCGUUCGGUUCCUGCUGAUGGCGGUAGUUGCGCUGGCCAUUCUCGGCGCGGAAGCGGCAGCCGGAAGCGUUCGCUUGCCAGUGAGACAAACGAGCGCCAGUGUAGCGGAAGAUGAAGAUAGCAGCAGUGCAGCAGCAGUGGGCUCUUCGGACGAGAUGCUGGAAGAUGAAAGUUUCGAACAAGACGUCAGUGGACGCAGUGGUGAAAAAAACGACAGCUGGCAGGAGAGUGAAUCAACAACGGAACCGGGCGGGACGGAUGCGAUGGAAACUGUAACGGGGACGACGUUGGGAUAUAGUGCCGUUGCCACCACACCGAAGAUAGUGGCCGGGCCCGUGAAGCAGCUAAGCCGCUAUGAACAGGGUUUGGAAGACUACGACGAGGCGGCCGACCGUGCCGAGCGCGAGCAGCAACAGCAGCAAAAGGAGCAGAGCGUGGAGCAGCAGUACAACAAUAUGGUGAAACCGAUGCUGACAUUAUUUAAUGUGAUAAGCACAGUUUUAUCGUCCGGAAGAUCAAUGCGCACGAUGACAUCGGGCGGGGAACGGCCGGAGCAAACGCUGGCCACCGAUGACGGCAAUCCCGACCGACGAGAUGGCAAUAAAACCGAGAUCAUCACUUUUGGCGAAAAAUCAACAAGCGGCGCCAAUGGCACCGGUGGAGGUAAUGAAAAUGCUACCGUUGAGGGUCGCUACAUAAAAGGAGAUCCACUGAACGGGUACUACGAUUUCGUCAUCAGCGAAGGUUCGUACAAAUUUUGGGCAGUGUUCCAGCUCGUGACGGCCGCCGUGGUCAUUUACUCUACGUUAACCGCCAUUUACUACUCGAAAGUGGCACCGCUUACUUCGGAUUACGAUUACAUCGAUUACCUGAACGGUGGCCGUGCGUUUGCCGGUGCCCGACCGUUAGAUGGUGCGACACGGACGGGUCCGGCGACCGGUAGGCGAACGUCCGGCUGGAACUGGGAUGCGCUGUCCACCAGCAGCUGGUUCGGUCCAGCUGCCCAAGCGUUCACGAUUGUGAUGGAUGCGAUCGAACGGCAGCCUAACUGA